AUGUCCCAAAACGCCGGCCUCUACGAUAUCUCUAAACCCCGGUUCGACUUGGAAACUUAUGGCGGCCGUCUCGCAUACUUUUACUCUACCACCUCCCCGUUGACACUCCUCGCAUCCUCCUCCCAGCUCGCUCAGGCCCAAAAGGACGCGACCCAUUUCGAGUCGUCCAUCAAGGAAAAUGGCAACAAGGUUACUUGGGUCACCAAGGAGCAACGAGAUGCCUACUGGAAUGCCAAGCAACUGGUCAAUUCGUCUAUUCACCCUGACACCGGCAAGCCUGUGCCCCUGCCCUUCAGGAUGUCCGCCUUCGUCCCUACCAACUUGAUGUACGUCUCCCUCGCCGGUAUGCUCACGCCCAACGCUUCCCUCAAAUCCAUCAUCUUCUGGCAAUGGGCCAACCAGACACUCAACGUUGCCGUCAACUUUUCCAAUGCCAACAAGUCCAUCGAGAUGACUCCCCAAGAGAUUGGAACCGCGUAUACCGCCGCAACCGCCACUUCCGUCCUACUUGCCGUUUCCCUGACUCGCCUGGUCCCUCGUCUCCGGGUUUCCCCUACCGCCAAGGACUUGCUCGCCAAGCUGGUCCCAUUCGCCAGUGUGGCCAGUGCCGGUGUUGUCAACAUCUCAUGUAUCCGAUGGAAAGAGAUGCGAGAUGGUGUGGAAGUGUACAAGAUCACCAAAGACCCCAGUGACGGUCAUGAGGAGAAGCAGACGCUCGGCAAGAGCUCCAAAGCUGGGCAGAUGGCCGUCAUGCAGAGUGCUGCUAGCAGGGUGUUUACCAACAUUCCCACUUUGAUCAUCCCUCCUAUGGUGAUGACCUUCCUCCAAGCCCGGGGUGCCUUCUCCGGCCCGCGUGGUAAAUUUGGCUCCACGCUCGCUCAGCUCACUCUCAUCGGUCUCUCCCUCGGCCUAUUCCUUCCUCCCGCCAUCGCCUACUUCCCUCAAAGGGCAGAGACGGAUACUUCCAAGCUUGAGAAUAGGUUCUCUGAGGAGGGUAUCAAGGGCAAGGUGUACUUCAACAAGGGUCUUUGA